UCUGAUCGGGGUCGAGUUACGCAUUGCGCGGAACGGAUAUACACGAAUCGGGCAAGUAUUGUCGCCGCGAUCGCGAAGCGCGGUGCUGCCCUGAGCUGUUCUUAUGAGUAUUGCUUGUUAAUUGAAGAGGAAAUAGUCUGGAGGCAUAAACUAAGGGGCGUGAAUAUAUAAACUCUCCUAAUCAGCGCUACGCGGCAGCCAUGACAAGGCUGUACGCACCAUGACAAGCUAACAAAACCUCCCGGUGGGACUGGCCAAUCAGGGUGCACUUUGCCUGUCACGUGCCGCUAGAUGUUGCAAAUGAGUUAAGCAUUAUGGGUUGUGUUUCGGUCAAAUUCUAUGACGUCUAUCCGGCUUGUUAGUUGCGGGAAAAAGAGUUGCAUCGUAGGCUUAGAUUCAGCCGAGCUAAACACGGUGAAGUUGAGACGUAGAGUUGUAGCUGUCGCGAGCUCGAUUUCCUUAUGCCGAGCUCUCUCGUACUCGAUAUGGACAGCAUGAGCCAGGGCCAGCUAGAGGCUGAUCAGAGGGCGCUACAAAUCGCACUAGAGCUCUCAAUGUUGGGCCUCACCAACGACGAGGACUCAAACCCGAACUUCGACGAUCUUCGCUCCAAGAAGAGUAUGAAUAUGACAGAGUGUGUUCCUGUACCCAGCUCCGAACACGUCGCAGAGAUUGUAGGACGCCAAGGCUGCAAGAUUAAGGCGCUACGUGCGAAGACCAAUACGUAUAUCAAGACUCCAGUCAGAGGAGAGGACCCUGUGUUUGUCGUGACUGGAAGAAAAGAGGAUGUUACACUUGCUAAAAGAGAAAUCAUUUCUGCAGCAGAGCACUUCUCUCAGAUACGAGCUCAGCGAAAAAAUAACAGCCUGAAUUCACUUGCUCCGGGUCCCCCAUCCCCGAGCGUGCCUGGCCAGAGCACGAUUCUCGUACGUGUGCCGUACAGAGUAGUGGGUCUUGUUGUCGGUCCUAAGGGUGCUACGAUCAAGCGGAUUCAGCAGCAAACGAAUACCUACAUCGUGACUCCGUCUCGCGAUAAGGAACCUGUUUUUGAAGUAACGGGAUCGGGGGAAAACGUGGAGAGUGCGCGCAACGAGAUUCUCAAUCACAUUUCCAACAGGACCGGCGGACUACUCGACGCUAACGAUGAUAGCGUGUUUCAUAACGGCGACCUCAACUCCUUUAAUGAUUUUCGCCCGGGAUCUAUUUACAGUAGCGGCUCGCAGUCUGGAUUCUCCAGCCUUCGCGAUUCCACAUCGCUGAGUCAGAGCCGUUCGCACUCCAGUGAUUCCUUCUACUACCAGAACGGCUCCACCAAGAAUGAGGGUUUCAAUCCGAUCAAUAGCCCCUUCUCCCCGAAUGGGUUCUUUUUUAGUGAUUUCCCAUCACCAACGGAUCGGGAUGUAGGCUCGGAUGCGAAUUCCAGCGGUUCUGGAGGGUUUGACCCUGCGCCGACGCCACCAUCGCCGUCCAUCUGGGCUCCAGUGACAAGCGCUUUGAGCAACGCUCGUGAGCUGCCGUACUCUCGCAGCUCCAGCGUGACCAGCUCAAGUUUGCAAAGUGCGAUCGGCAGGCCUGCAAGUCCGCGAGACACCAUCCGGCGGCUGAAGAGCGAGGCUUUGCCUGGCUCAGCUUUCUCUGCGCUGCAGGCUUUCACUCCAUUCACAGCACCGUCCACGAGUCCGACCAUAUCCGAUUCCACGAUUGCAAAUGGAAGCGUCCUUGGAAGUACCACACCGGUGGAGGCAAUCGGCACACGCCCGUCUCUCACUACCGAGACCAAUAAUAACCAAACUACCAAAGACAAGAAGAAGGAUUGUGUUGUGUGCUACGAGAACGAGAUCGUCGCCGCCUUGGUGCCGUGCGGACACAACUUGUUCUGUAUGGAAUGUGCUGAUCGCAUCCGAGACGAGCACUCUGUCUGCCCUGUAUGCCAGAAACAUGUUACUCAGGUACUGCGUAUAUUUUCAUAAAGCGAAGGAUAACCCAGAUAAACAUGUACCGCUCCGGGACUGGAUCCAGUGGAGGUACUUUACGAGAUAACGUAUUAUAGUAUAAGUAGAAUUGAUAACUACGUCUAUGUUUGUAAAAUUGUCAAGUGGACUCGCAAUCAGCGAAUUAUCCGCGAUUUCCUCGCCGAGUUCAACUAUAUAAAUAUGAGGAAAUAUGUAAAGUUAGACAAAGUUUUUGCUAAUUUAAUAUGUAGUCGAGAGUAUCUUAAGUUAAUAACUUUAGCUGGGGUUUGUGACAAAAUUAUCUUUAAAUUUCCGACAUGAUUUUGCAUGUCUUAGUUAUAAAUGUUCAUCUUGAAUUAGGAAAAAUUACUCAUCGAAGUAUCUCGAUGCGCAUCUCUAUCUUUAUUAUUCCGUGAAGUAGUAGCCCAAAUGAAGGCUCAUAAUAACGAAAAUUUUACAGAGUCCCACUCCAGCCACAUUUCAUAGCAAUAUUUAUGUGAUCUAUUUUAUGUAAUAUCGAUAACAUUUUGAUACAUACUUGGAGUCUAUGCUAAAAGAAUAUAUAUAUGGUAUUUGUACAAUAAAUAGGCAUAAUUUCUAUAUGAUAUUCUAAUUCUGUUGCACGAAGUUGAAGGAUAGAUUUAUUGACCUAUAGUAUUUUAAUAUGGCUAAAAUAUUCUAUAUUCCGGAUAAGUAGAAUACACGGAAAUAUUUAGUUCUCCAGACCCUGAGCUGUAAGAGAAUUCAGAAUUUAAAGUAUUUUUUAUUUUAAUGCACCUACAUACUGCUAUAUUGAAGUUCGUAUACAGAGGAAUUAAAUUGUAAAUUUUAUUUUUUGCUAUUAAAGAAGUAUAUAUAUAUAUUCCUGUGAAUGCCGCAUUAGUAGAUUUGUAAAAUUAAUGAUGGCACAUAAAUUGUUAUACAGAAAAGGGUUUCCACGCAAAUAGAGUGUAGAGCGACGAAUUGCUCUUGUAAUUCUCUAAGUCGUGCAAGCUCGUUUCAAGUGCACCAGAAUUUUUGCAUGUAUUUACGAAAAUAGUGUUACAGAUUGUUUUAAUAAAAGCGAACAAUGGUUUUAUAAA